GAAACCUACAACAUCGGAAAGUGAUGCCAUUAACUGCGUAAGCGCGUAUUGAAAACUCCAGCUUUGGUUUAGCUUUCCGCAGACGACCAGUCCAAAUCCCUGAAUUUAUAAUUCUUCCCCAUUCGCGAAUCAAGCACAGACGAGGAGACCGGAGGCCCCGUUCCUCUCACUUUCCGGUGGACGGCAUCGGUCCGGUCUGCUCCCGCGAAAAAACAGAUGUCUACCACAGCGCCCGCCAGCUACGACACCCCACCGCCGUCCGCCUCCGCCUCCGCCUCCGAUUUCCUCUCCCGCGCCGCAGCCACCGCCCAGUCCGCCAUCUCCGCCCGCCGUCCAUGGCGGGAGUUCCUCGACCCCUUCGCUGUCGCCGUCCCCUUCAGCCUAGUCGAAGCCACCGCUCGGAUCAAGCGCAACGCCCUCCACUUCUGCGUGAACUACACCAUCAUCGUGCUUCUGAUACUUUUCCUCAGCCUCAUCUACCAUCCGAUCUCCAUGAUCGUCUUCCUGGUCCUUUUCGUCGGGUGGCUUUUCCUUUACCUCUUCCGCGACGAGCCCCUCGUGGUCCUGAAUCGCACGGUGGAUGAUCGCGUUGUUCUCGUCACGCUCGGUGUGAGUACUAUUGUUGCCUUGCUUCUAACACACGUUUGGUUGAAUGUUUUGGUUUCGCUGGUAAUUGGGGCUGUGGUCGUCCUACUGCACGCCACUGUUAGGGUUACGGAUGAUUACGCCCUCGAUGAUCAGGAGUCUCCGUACGGACCAAUGCUUUCCGUGGCUGAUAGUCCGCGAGGAUCGUAUAGUCAUUUUUGAUUCUUUACUAUGUAAAAUUCUUUUUUCUAUUAGGCGUUUCAAACUUUCUGUCUCAUAUCUAUGAUUGCUUCAUGAUAGCUAAUUGUGAGACCGCACUGAUCCAAUUGAUCAAAUAUAGACCUCUUUCAUACA